CAUAAUACAUAGUUUUUUUUUUUUUUUUUUAAUUAUUGGAGAAGUAAAUAAUUUUCAUUCCAUAGUAUAUUCCAUAUAUUUUUAUUAUGCUUAUUGUGUGCUUUCUUUUGCUUUAAAUCUCUAUUACUUGUUAAAAAUAAAAUAACAUCAACAUGGUUAAAAUAAAACCUAUGAACAUUUUAUUUAUAUUCUUGUCCUCGUUAUAUUUCGCUCAUGGUCUGUAUGAAGACCAAGUGGGCAAAUUUGAUUGGAAACAAAGUUUUCUAGGUGAAAUCAAAUUUUCCUCGAUUGACGUAGAUGUAACGUCUAAACGUGUAUAUGUAGCAACUAAACAAAAUGUAGUCGCUUCUUUAGCUAUAGAUACAGGUGAUAUUGUGUGGCGCCAAAUUUUGGAAAAAGGAUCCGAUGGCGAUGUUCAACUCAUUCAUCCGACCAAAUCUAAAAUUGUUACUGUUACCGGUACUAAUGUAAUUAAAGUACGAGGCUGGGAUGUCAAAAAUGGAUACUUAAAUUUUGAAUGGAGCGCUGAAGUUAAUGAUGUAUUAUACUGGUUUGUUUAUAAUGGACUCCUUCACAAAGUUUACACCUCGGACAAUUUAAUUGCUGUGGACACUUACUACUUGGAAACUGGCACCAAAGGAAAAGCUACCUUUACGUUUCCAGCUCACACCUUUACUGGUUAUGAUCGCUGUGUAAUGUCGGCCGCAAGUUUGGCUUGUCUUGAUGUUGUUGGGAAAUUAAAUAUAAUAACUAUGACCAAGGCUUAUAAAGAUCAGAUAAAUGUUGACAUUCAAGGAAACCAAAUCAAAGCGGUACCAGGAAGUCCCAUACCUGCAUUUAUUGUAAAAGAUAAAAAUAUUAAAAAAUUAGUUUAUGUAAAAAACAACAGCGCUCACAUUAAGACCUUGUCAAAAACAGCUUCACCAUUCAUUUACACCUAUAUGGCCGACAGGCACAUUUUGCUACAAGUUUCAUCUCCUGCACAAAACACCGUUGUGACUGAAGGAUCAAUAUUAGAGGAUUCCACUGCCAUUGAAAGCUUAUCAUCAAAGGAAUCAUUCGACUCAUUAAAAAUUAUCGAUCCCAGUGUUUCUUCAGCAUUUUGUGGACGCAGUAAAGCUAACACUGUAAAUUGUGUCGCUCUAGUUACAACUCGUGAUCAAACUUUAAUGCUUUUAAAAAUGCCAGGGUCGAUGAAAUGGCAUAGAGAAGAAUCGUUAAGCGAUAUUAUAAGUGUAGAAAUGAUCGACUUGCCAGUAUCGGAUAUCGAAGCAGCGAUUGAAAAAGAGUUUGGAAACAAAGACUCGUUUUUGGAUCAUGACGUAUCAACCAGUCCGAUCGGUAUGUUUGUUCGACGUCUACACAGUCAGGUACAACAAUUACAAACCCUUUUUGCUACCGUUUUGGGGCUCAUAGAAUCACCGUCUGAAACUACUGGAACCAAAAGCAAUUUAGUUCGAGAUCAAUUUGGCUUACAUAAAAUAAUAGUUGCAGUAACUAGUGCUGGAAAGGUUUUUGGCAUUGAUAAUUUAAAAGGCGAGAUCUUAUGGUCUAUGUUAUUAAGUGGAGUCGGAAAAUUCUACACUAAUCCAGUAAAUGGAUCGCCAACGGUUCCGAUAUAUUUACAGAGAAAUUCCAAACAUUUGUCGUACCCACCGAUGUGUACACUAUUGUUGAAAAAUGAAAACUCCGAAAACACAGUACUACUUACGUUCAACCCGAUAAACGGUGAAUCGCAAGACGUCAUUAAACAACUUCAAUAUCGUGUAGUACAAGCUGUUUCUCUUCAAGUUCUUAACGUUGAAUCCGUCCGUAGUCUUAUUUUAUUCGACAAUAACAAUAUAGCGCAUUUGUAUCCUGAGAACAUUCAACUGUCUUCAAAACCUUCUCCCGUUUACAUUUACGUGGCCAAUCCUACCGACGGUGUGUUGCGAGGAUUUACUGUUGAUGUACCGAUUUCAGGAAAGGACAUAACCACCAAAGAAGUAUGGAAAAUCAACUUCAGCAGUCCAACUCGAGUCAUAGCUAUCGGGUCGAAAGAUGCGAUGGAACAUGUGCACUCUCAAGGCAGAGUCAUGAGCGAUCGUAGUGUACUGUAUAAAUAUAUCAACCCAAACAUGGUCGCUGUUUUGACUCUGACACCGGACACUACACAUAAAAGUGUUUUGACGCUUCAUUUACUGGACACUGUUAGUGGAAUAAUCAUCUACUCUGUAGCCCACAACCGAGCCACCCAUCCAAUACAUUUGAUUCACUCAGAAAACUGGCUGCUGUGCUCGUAUUAUAACGAUAAAAACAGGCGUACUGAAAUUACAUCGUAUGAACUGUACGACGGCAAUCAGAUGUCCAACACUACGGAAUUCUCUUCAGUCGGAGGUAGUCUGAUCCCGCCUAUAGUCGAGAAGCAAGCAUACAUAUUCCCUGGAUUUUUACAAGCCAUGAAACCAACGAUAACCGAAAAAGGAAUUACAAGCAAACACAUAUUGAUGUCUACUACGUCUGGCCAUUUAUUAGAAGUUCCUUGGACGUUUUUGGAUCCUCGCAGACCGUUGGGCGAACCUAAGGAAGAAGGAGCUAUACCAUAUGUUCCCGAACUUCCUACGCCAACCGAAUCUAUGAUCAAUUACAAUAAAAGUCUGAUGCGUGUACAAGGCAUUUACACCACUCCUAGUAGCUUAGAGUCGACUUGUCUUGUUUUCGUUUACGGAUUAGAUCUGUUUUAUACAAGAGUCGCACCUUCCAAAACGUUUGACGUGCUUAAAGAAGAUUUUGAUUAUAUGGUUAUCAUUAUUGUGACCACUGUGCUUUUAGUGAGCGCUUACGUUACGAAAAAUCUCGCUUCACAAAAAGCAUUAAAGCAAGCGUGGAAAUAAUCAGAAAAGCUCAAUAUAAAACGAUUUUGUUUUUGCCAAUCUUCUACAAUUAUUAAUUGUAGUGUUUGUUUUGAAUAUAUUUUCAUACUUAGUAGAACUUUGUAAAUACAACCACCAUACUUUGAUUUUCUUUUGUUAAGCAUUAUUAUAAUUUACCGUAAAUUGUUUAGGCUAAUUAUUUACGGUUGGUAU